CCGCCGACGCCCGCGCGGCCACGCACUAGGCGGCACCGCAGCGACGGUCGACGAUCGCCACACCCGGACACCCCACACAGGCACCCAGCCACGCGAGCGGCGAAACUGCGGGAGCCAAUCAGAACCUACAGCGAUGCAAUGAUCGCCGUCGCAUCGUCCUUCCCCUCGCGCGCCCACGCGGCUCCGUUCGGCUCGGGGACACUGCCACCGCCGUCUACGCGGCGCAGCACGUCCCUCCGCCACCCGCGCGUCUCGGCGCUCGGUGGAGGCCUCGAAGGAGAGCCGGGGAAGAUACUGGAUCCGCGCGCCACGCCGUUCCAGAUCCUCGGCCUCGACGCCGCCGCCGGCUACUCCGCCGCCGAACUCAAGGCCGCCUUUCGCGCCCGGGUUAAGGAAUUCCAUCCUGAUGUUUGCAAGGACCCAGAAAAUGCAGAUUUAAUAAUGAGGCGAGUGAUCGAGGCCUAUCAGAUGUUAUCUGGCAACCAAGAAAUGAUGUUUGAAAGGAACAAUGUUGACCCAUUUGAUGAACCUGAGUGUGAAGCUCGUGACAUAUUUGUCAAUGAACUUCUAUGCAUUGGCACUGGAUGUCCAUAUUCUUGUGUUAAAAGGGCACCUCAUGUAUUUUCAUUUUCAGAUGAUACUGGUACAGCUCGUGCAAUAUCUCAAGGUAAUGGAGAAGAUGAUCUUGUUCAGCUCGCUGUUGGGCAGUGUCCAAGAAAGUGCAUAUACUAUGUGACGCCUUGCCAACGCACUAUUUUGGAGGAUGUUCUUGCUAGCAGUUCUGGAUUCCCUCCUUUCAAAAGCGAAGUUCGAGAAUAACAGGUAUAAGAAGCCCCAAAGAGGAGCAAAAUCAUCCUCCGAUUAUGUUGAUUGGAUGUGAUCUGAUCCCGAGACACAAAGAGGAUGCCAGAUUCAGCCGAAGGCAGUUCGGUAGAUUUAUGCUGGUUUGCCUAUUCUCCUUGGUCAGUUGCCCGAUAGUUUAUAAAAUGGAAUACGUUUACGUGGACAGACUGCUUUGUUUGUGGUAUACGGUUAUGAUUUCUAUAAUAUUUCUUUCUGCCAGAAUUUUACUCCGUCUUUUCUUGGCAUAAGAAACUCCUAGGAUUGACUGGGAGCUUAAUAAUGUUUUGGUCUAAAAACUCACAAGUAUAAUAAUGUAUAGCUAUUCCGUGCAAUAGGGUAAA